AUGGCUUCGAAUCGUCGCCUGCAAAAAGAAGUUGUUGAACUUAAAGCACUGCCCGAAUCUAUCUGUAAAAUAAUUGAAAUCAACGAGCAAAACUUCUUGAACUGGACGUUGUUGUUGUUACCUGUAAGUUUUUGCAGUUUCCUGUUGAUAUUUAGAUGUUGAACAAGUUUUCUUACGCUUUUGUUAACUUUUUGUGGUUAAAUGAUUAAUUUUAAAGCUUCAAAACAGCAGUUAUGUUAACGUCAUGGUUAAUAUUUUGUAUAACUUUGUUUAGCCGAGAUUAUUUAUUUAUAAGUUAGUUAUUUGAAAUUGUGAAAUAAUGCACAUAAUACUUGAUGUUUUAGCAAAAAGACCCUUACAGUAAAGGUGCGUUCCGAAUUCAAGUCACCUUCCCAGCUGAAUAUCCGUUCAAACCUCCAAAGAUCGUCUUCAACACCCAGAUAUAUCACCCAAAUGUAGAUGAGAAAGGCCAAGUUUGUUUGGGAAUUGUUUUGCCUGAAAACUGGAAGCCAGCUACAAAGAUCGUACAAGGUGAGACUUUGUUUUUGAUUUUUUUUUUGAAGUUUUAGGGGUUGAUGUGCAAUAUAUAAGUUUUAAGGUCUAAUAUAAGUUUUUGGUUAGUUUUCAAAACCUGUAUUGAAAUACUCAAAGAAUGGUUGGUAUACAGCUUAAGUUCUUUAUAUUACAUGUACUGUUAUUAAUCUUUUGUACAAAAUUUUUUAGUUUAGACUAAAAUUAUAUUGUUUCAGUUGUUCAUGAGCUCUUGGACUUGAUAUGCGAGCCAGAACUCGACCAUCCUCUUCGAUCCGAACUAGCCGAGGAAUUCCGACAAGACAAGAAGAAGUUCUUCAAAACGGCCGAAGAUUUUACUAAAAAGCACGCUGAAAAACGGGAUUAA